AUCCAGUACUCCAUGAAGAACUUCACCAAGCAGGAGAAGAAGGCCGCAGAGCGGCUGAAGAAGAGGAUCAGGCACAAGUGGAACCAGUCGAACAAGUUGCUGAAGGUAAAGAAGGAGAUGAGGGAGAAGCAGAUGAGGGAGGAGAAGGUCCCACUGGCCGUAGGGCGUCCGAGGCUGCCCGUGCCGCCGCAGCCACCGCCGCCUGGCAGGUGGACCUACCCCGACCCGAACAUGAGCGACCCGUACGCGCAGGAGUUCUUCAUCGGCAGUUCGGUUGCCUCCGCCACCGAACCCGAGGGCACGAUGAACGAGCCUGGCCAGGCGUACGAGAAACAGCUCAAGAAGAAAAAUAAUAACAAGAAGGAGGUGGAGAGGGCUCGUGUUGAGCCUGAGGCUCAUGUGGAGCCGUGCGCAGGUGGCAUUUUCGAGAAGAUUGAUGGUGAGACCGAGGAGCUUCUGCCUGACGUCGCUGCCGGCGUGGAGGAGCCCGUUUCCGAGCGGCGGGAGUAUUUCGAGGAGGACUUUGAGAGCCUGGGAGAGGACCUGAAGGAGAAGCUCAAGAAUUUGGGCUAUUUCCGACAACGGUCGUCGACUGAGUCUUGA